CUCCCUUCAACUUCCCCAUUUGCGCACUACUUCCUUUUCAUGUAUAAACCCCCCUUGACUCCCUCCCACUCUCUCAAACAUACCUCAUCGUGUUCUAUAUCACCCAGAAGUUGUUUAGUCUUGAAAAUCAAACAUGGGUUUUAUAUUGAAGGAGGAGAAGUCCAAGAAGGUUCUCAGGGGCGUGAAGACUGUGUUCUUCUUGAUCACCAUGUUGAUCUCUCUGCUUCUGUUCUCGGCGCCGAUUCUUCUCGUCAUCGCCGAUACGCUUCUCCCCUCGGCGCUUCUCUCGGCUUCUUCCUCCGCCUCCUUCUCCCUCCAAAAUCUCUCUUCCCAUUUUAGCAACUACGAUUUCCGGUACUCGCUCGUCGAUAUUCCUCUCAUCUCCAUUAUAAGAUCCGCCGUCAUAUUCUGUGUGUAUAGCUUCUGCGACGGGCCGGGACUUUCACACGGGCCCUAUUUAGGGAUCACGACGAUGUGCUCUGUUCUGUCACUUGUGUUUGUUUCGUUCAAGGCUUCGUUUGUGUUCGGUGCUCCGGCGGAGCAAGGAGGCGAGUAUUUGAGAGCCUCCGAGGUAGCUCUGUUCAUAUGCUCGUUUGGUUUGGCCGUCGGGCAUAUUGUGGUGGCGUAUAGGACGAGUUGCAGAGAGAGAAGGAAGCUUUGGGUUUACAAAAUUGACAUCGAAGCUAUUUCAGCUUGCAAAAAUGGGUUUCCGAGGUACCAGAAGAAACUUCAAGAAGUCGAAAAGGUGAAGUCAUUAGUAUAGUAGCCGACGACUAAUCGCCCAUGAAGCUAUUUCUGCCGCGUGAUUCCUUCAUUAUACAGAUAUUUAUCAAGAGGAAUCAAAGUACUAGUGGAGGCAACAUAUAUAACAGUAAUAGAAGAAAGCUAUAUGGCAACCACUCGCCGUUAGACGUUGUCAACCGGUGGUUGUGUAUCAUUCAUCACAUAUUAGAGAUUAUAGAGCUAGGUUACCAUUUGCGGCGGAUAUCAUCAUUUUUUGUUUCUAUUCAUCAAAUGUACAGAUAAAGUUUGUAUAUAACGAUAGGAUACCAAGGAAGUAGCCGAAGGCUGUUGUGAACUUCUGCGUGAAAUUAACGGAAUCAGUGUAUCAUGCAUACCGAUUCUCAUUUUAUGAA